UCGCGGAACUCGGAAUGCUCUCUCUCUCGAAUAAGUACCAACAAGUAACAAUAAUAUUAUUUUUCGCUCAUUUGUGGAAUAUCUUAAUUAAAACACGUAUAUUCGCCGUUAAAAAAAAAAUAAAAAAUCUGUAAAAAUCUGUCGUCGAGUAAACACACUUGUGGAAUAUUUCCAGACGCACUAAUAAAAUCUUCCAGAUGGUCGCUCGACUAAUACUAAUGGCAGCGAACAGCUGUUACGAGGCGCUUGGGGGGGAGGGGGAGAAAUGUCAAAAAGUCUUUCUUGCAAAAAUAUAUUCGACGUCCCGGAAGAACAGAGAUACCUCGCUCAGGCACUCGCGGAGCCCGAAUGUACGCGUGAACUCGCGAGUAUCUCGAGAGAUCGUCCUUGUUUAGGACCGCCCACUACGAGAGCGUGCUACGCAGUUUUCUCUGGCGCGGACGGAGUCCAUUUAUAGCACGUGUCGCAGAAAAAAAGUGUUUCGACGGAAAAUAUGGCUGUGACAAUGCUACUCAGUAGAAGUGCGUGUGUACUCCGGCAGUAUCCACAACACAGACUUUUGUUAACCAAUGCAUUCUAUACUCUAGAAUGUAACAACAGUUACACAACUUAUAGAGAAGAGAGGUACAAGUAUGAGUACCAGCAGACUCGUAAUUAUAAAAACUUUGGUCAUACCAGAAAAAAAUCUAGACUUCUCUUUGCUAUGCCAGUUAUAGUUCCCGGUGUUAUAAUGCUGAUGUGCAUAACUGUUGACUGGCAAAAGCUAUUUGGUAUGAUACCACCUAAAGUGGAUGCAGCCAGCAUUCAGUUGGUAGAAGAGACUCAGGCUAAUGAAACAGAUAGAAGUGUGGAACAGACAGAGCAGGAACAAAAGAAGAAGAAGAGUAAGAAACAGAAGAUUGGAUUUCGCGAUAGAAAGAUAAUAGAAUACGAAAAUCGUAUAAGGCAUUACUCUACACCGGACAAAGUGUUCCGUUACUUCGCGACCCUCCAGGUCACGAGCAACGACGUGCACGAGGUGUUUAUGACGCCGGAUGACUUUUUAAGAUCAAUGACGCCCGGCGUGAAACAGCCCGAUGGCCUUGGACUGGACCAGUACAAGCGUUAUGAUCCAAAGAAUAUUCACACGAAAUUAGAAUUGGAAUUGGACGAAGACAGCAUCUUCUACAAGCUGGGCAGUGCAGGCCUCAUUACUUUCUCUGAUUACAUCUUUUUGUUGACUGUAUUGUCAACUUCCAGACGUCAUUUUGAAAUUGCCUUUAGAAUGUUUGACUUUAAUGGAGAUGGUGAUGUCGAUUCAGAAGAGUUUGGAAAAGUGGCUACACUAAUACGGCAACAAACUAGCAUAGGCACUCGACACCGUGAUCACUCGAACACAGGAAACACAUUUAAGGGAGUGAAUUCUGCGCUAACUACAUACUUCUUUGGGCCACAAAUGAAUCAGAAGCUAACGAUCGAGAAAUUCCUGGACUUUCAGCAACAAUUGCAGCGGGAGAUUCUGGGUCUCGAAUUUGAACGACGAAAUCCAGAUGAGAAUGGCAAUAUCACUGAGGUAGAUUUUACGGAAUUAUUAUUAGCUUAUGCCGGAUACUCGACAAAAAAGAAGGCGAAAAUGUUGAAAAGAGUAAAGAAGACUUUCAAGGAAGAUCCAAAAGGAAUCAGCAAAGAGGAAUAUCUCAAAUUUUUCCACUUUUUAAAUAAUAUUAAUGAUGUAGAUACAGCCCUAACAUUCUAUCAUAUAGCUGGUGCAUCUAUUGAUCAAGCAACAUUGAAACAUGUAGCAAAAACUGUAGCGCACGUCGAUUUGAGUGAUCAUAUUAUUCAAGUGGUGUAUACGAUUUUCGACGAAAAUAUGGAUGGACAACUUAGUAAUCGGGAAUUCGUUUCUGUGAUGAAAAACCGUGUUCUUCGCGGUUUGGAGAAACCGAAAGAUACUGGAUUUGUCAAGUUAAUUCAGUCUUUGAUAAAGUGUGCAAAGAAUAGCAAUCUCUUGUCAUACGAUAAAUAAUUAAAGCCACAGAAUCUAAAUACUAUUUAAUUUAUAUGUAAUAUAUAUAAAAAUAUAUAAAAAUUAUUAUUCUCAAAUAUAGAAUUAUAACAUUUACAAUAUAGAAUCGUUAUACUUGUAUUAUUAGGAGAGUUAGAUUUAUAUAUUAUAGUAAAUUUUACAUCAA